AUGUCAGCUGUUCAAUUGGUCAACCCCAAGGCCGAGUCUCUGCGACGAGCUCAGGCUUUGGCUGUAAAUAUCUCUGCUGCCCAGGGUCUUCAGAACGUUCUGGCGUCCAAUUUGGGCCCCAAGGGUACUAUUAAAAUGCUGGUAGACGGUGCUGGCAAUAUCAAACUCACCAAAGAUGGAAAAGUUUUGUUGUCAGAGAUGCAGAUUCAAAGCCCUACUGCGGUUAUGAUUGCUAGAGCUGCUACUGCUCAGGAUGAGAUCACUGGUGAUGGUACCACUUCUGUUUGUUUAUAUGUUGGAGCAUUACUAAAGGAGGCCGAGAGAUUUAUUUCCGAGGGUAUUCAUCCUAGAGUUUUGACAGACGGGUUUGAAAUCGCUCGUAAAGCUACUCUGGAGUUCCUGGAUCAGUUUAAAACCAACCUCGAUACAAUUGAUAGAGAAUUGCUGCUGGCAGUGGCUAGAAGUAGUUUGACCACCAAGGUCAAGCAGUCGUUGGCCGAUGUGCUGACUCCCGUUGUCACAGAUGCUGUUUUGACUAUUCAUGAUCCUAGCAAUAAACAAUCGCAAUUGGAUCUCCAUAUGAUCGAGAUCGCGAAAAUGCAACAUCAGAGUGCUGCCGAGACCACUCUUGUCAAGGGUCUCGUGCUAGACCAUGGUCCUCGUCACCCGGAUAUGCCUAAACGAGUGGAAAAUGCUUAUGUUCUGACUUUGAAUGUGUCGUUAGAGUAUGAAAAGAGUGAAGUGAACUCGGGCUUUUUCUACAGUUCGGCCGACCAACGUGAUAAGCUCGUGGAGAGCGAGAGACGGUUUGUCGACGACAAACUGCGUAAAAUCGUCGAACUGAAAAAAGAAGUGUGUGGUAAUGAUGAGUCCAAGGGCUUUGUCAUUGUCAAUCAAAAGGGUAUUGAUCCUAUGUCGUUAGAUGUUCUGGCCAAACACAAUAUUUUCGCACUUCGUCGUGCUAAGAGACGAAAUAUGGAGAGAUUACAGCUUAUUUGUGGAGGCACUGCCCAGAACUCGGUUGAUGAUUUGACUCCUGAAGUUCUUGGCUGGGCCGGUCUUGUUUAUGAGCACACUCUUGGCGAAGAAAAGUAUACUUUUAUUGAGGAAGUCAAGCACCCUAAAUCGGUGACUAUUCUUAUUAAAGGACCUAAUCACCAUACAAUUACACAGAUCCAAGACGCUGUUCGUGAUGGACUGCGUGCCGUGGCCAAUACUCUGACUGAUAAAGCUGUUGUUGCUGGUGCCGGAGCGUUUCAAAUUGCUGCUGCUCAGCAUCUGCUGACACAACAUGUCAAGGGUAAAGCCCGUAGCGGAGUCGAGGCUUUUGCUGCUGCUCUGCUUGUGAUUCCUAAAACACUCGCUACCAAUGCCGGUUUCGACACUCUUGAUACCCUCUCAGCAGCUCAAGACGAGGCUGCUGAGGGCCACGUCGUCGGCAUCGACCUUACCACCGGCGAGCCCAUGGACCCUACUAUCGAGGGUGUCUACGACUCGUUCCGCGUCCUUCGUAACAGCAUCGCCUCAGCCACCGGCAUUGCUUCGAACCUCCUCCUCUGCGAUGAGCUCCUAAAAGCCGGCAGAUCCUCUCUCAAGCAAUAG